AUGAAUCACCGCGGUGUCGGAUGUGAGGUGGACAAGGACGACUUCAUGUCGAUCGAGGACGAACAGUGGAUCACCGAUGGCGUGGUGGACUUUCACAACGUGCUGCUUAGCAUCAGGAAGCCGUCGCUCCGCGACGGCAAGACAUGGGCCGCCAUGGACUGCAAGGCCUAUUCACAGACGACAGCUGCGCAUGGAGUGCCGUUAACGCUGGGGAGUGGGCGGCCGAUUUUGGAACACGAUUAUCUUGCGAUCCCGGUCCUAGAGUCGCGGGAGAUGCGCCGAGACUUGUGUGCACACGCUGGCGGAGAGCUUCUGAAACAACUACAGGAACUGGGGAUUGAAGUCCCGCCGCAAGACGAAGGCCUGGUUACCGCAGAGGGGACAGUGGUGCAGGUGAGAAACACUGCGGAGGGAGAUGGGAGGCAGGCGCCAAACACUCGCCAUGAUGAGGACGCUCGGUUUACGGAGAUGACGAGGCGCAUAGCAUCGCUGCAUAACGAUGUGAGGUACCUGGACGCCAGCUUCACCGUGAUCGCCAACUUCGUGGGCCUGAGCCGGGACGAGGUGGUGUCCGCUGCAACCCAACUGCUGUUGCAUGGAGGGGUCGCGGGGAACGGCACGAAAACAGAGGCGGGUGGCAACAAGCAUGCGCCACGCACACCCCAGCGUCCGUCUGCCCGGAAGAGGCGAGAUGACAGCAGUCCUGAGGAGGACGGCGUGCGCAACCUCACCCAGGUGGCGCUGGCCUCCACGUUCGCCGCAUGUGCGCCGACACCGAGCCUGCUGCAGAACCCGCUGAUCUCGAACGGGGCCAUACCUCCCUGGAUGUUGACGCGCCCGCGGCUGCUGUCCGGCACGGGUGUGCCAGCUGGACCUGACGUGUGGGGAGACAGGCUUGGGCAGGAGACGGCGAAGGCCGACGAAGAGGAGGAUCUCGUGUCAGACUCAGAUGACGAGGACGGUGGCGAAGAUACAUGUGCAACCAGGUACACGGGUGUGAAGCUGGAUCCGAACACCGGCAAGUACUGCGUCAAGAUUCUGUUUAAAGAACGUGGGAAGCGCAAGCAGCAGAGACUGGGAGGGUACACCACUGAGGAGGAGGCGGCAUUUGCAUACGCCGCCGGUGCGUUCGUGCUGAGGCCUAGCGAGAGGAUACCCAACACCGUCAGCCUGUCGGCCGCAGAGAAGGCAACGCUGCGGGGGUGCACCAAAGAAGAUUUACAGACCCUGGUGGAAGCGAGGAAGUGGUGGAGGUGGAGGAGUUGGCGUGAGGCGCUGGAGAGCGUGGGCCAGCGGUUGAAACGAGUGAGGAAGCGUGGGGGUGCAACAGGUGCAUCAAAGAGGCGAAGGGUUGUGGACCACGACCACACAGCUACCAACGACCCAGCGGCAACCGACAAUGCUGAGAGUGGGGGGACGGCCCCAGUGACAAACGAGCAAGGCGGAGGUGCAAGGGACAAUGACCAGGAAGAGCGGAGGGAAGACACUGGAGCUGAGGAGAAGACAUCAGAGAUGGCUGCAUAA